AUGUCAAUGAUGCAAUCCUUGGCAGUCUGGGAGAUGAAAAUGUCUGAGUAUGAGAGUAUAAGAAGGAGGAUAGUAGAGGAGAAUAAAAAGAAGAUAGAGGAACUUGGACUUAGACCGGUGGCUUAUGAGAAAAUGAAUUUGAAGAAACCGGCUAAGCAAGUAAUUGCUAGCAAAAACGUGGAGCUUGAAAGGAUUGCAGACAAACAACAAUUGUCAAUGGCCACAAUGGCGAGCUUAAAUAAAUCACGUUCUCAAACUCAGAAAAGACUUUUGGAACAGAGUAAAGCGAAGAAUCAAUAUGAUGAGAGUGCAUUGAAAUUGAAACAACCUCUGACGGUGUCCGCACCACCUCUUAAAGAAGUGCCUCCUCAACAAGCCUAG